AUGGAAUUUGAGGAAAUGAUUGCAGAGGCAGUCCGAGUUCUGUAUGAGGAGCUGAAGGCCAAAGGAAAGGGAAUGGACAAGCUGGCCGAGGUUCUGUCUGAAGUGGUGGGGGAGGGUGUGGGGGAGAACAGAGUGUGGUUGAAGACGGCGAGAAGAGAGAAGAUGGAGGAGAUGGGGUGGAUAAGGAAGGAGUACUUGGCGAAGGCCUCAAGGAAGAGAAAACAGAGUCAAAAGAAAGUAGCUCAGAAAGCAAUCCCAGCACUGCCAGUGCCGAGGAAAGGACAGUCACAAUCAGCAAAGUCAUUCAAAAGCUCACUCAACUCGUGA